AUGGAAGCAUCUAACGGUAAGUAUCUCACUAUAGAUUUUCACUUCAACGACAUGUUUGCACCAAACCCGUUAGUGUACUUAAACCCUAUGAGAAUGUCAGAUCGUGAUGUGGAUUUUGGUGGCAUGGACUAUAGAGAAUUUGUGUUGUGGGUUUCAAAGCUGACAAGACGAAGCUGUGAGAACUUGUACUAUUGUAGUACUCAUGAAAGAUUAGCAGAGGGUAUCAGAAGAAUCGACAAUGUUGCUGACUAUUUUGAGUUUAUUAAAGAUGGUUACAUGGAUAAACAGGAGCUAAGGAUGAACGUGUACAUUGACCACGCCGAUAAGGAGUUGUUAACAGAUAUAAGGGAAUGUGAGCAUGAACCUGAUGAAGAGGUGCAUACAUUUGACAAAACAGAUGAUGAUGAAUUCUUGAACAAGUUGUGUAGUAAACCCAUUCUCAAUAGUAAUCAAGAAGAAGUAAAUGAUGUUGAUGGUGAUAAAGAUAGUGAUAAAGAUGAUGAGGUUGUGUUCCCUGUCUUUGAUGAGAAGCAAGAAUGGGAUAAAAUGGUCCCAGUUUUAGGUAUGAAGUUUGCCAACCCUCUUGAAUUGAAGCUUUGUCUAACCAAUUAUGUUGUCAGGAAUGGGUUGUGGGCAACCUGGAUGAAGAAUGAAAGGUCUUUUCAGAUUAAGUCAUUAAUUGAUAGGCAUAAUUGUGCAAGAGUUUUCAAAUUUGGGUCCAUUGUAAGCUACAAAUGGAUUGGAACUCAUUUCAUGAAUGAUAUAAUACAGAAACCAAAGAUGAGCAUUAGGAAAUUGAAAGCUAAGGUCAGUAAAAGGUUUAACCUGAUAGCUAGUGUUGGACAAUGCAGAAAUGCUAGGAAAUAUGCAUUUCAGCAGAUAGAAGGUACUUUAAUAGAGCAUUAUGCUAAAACAUGGAGUUAUGGAGAAGAGCUAAAAAGGACAAAUCCUGGAUCAACAGUUAAGAUGGAGGUGGAUGUGAUGUCUGAUGGAGAAACAUACUUCUCAAAGUUUUAUGUGUGUUUAAAGGGUUUGAAGGAUGGAUGGAUAGAGGGUUGUAGGAGGGUAAUUAGAUUAGAUGGUUGUUUCUUAAAGGGCAUAUGCAGAGGUCAGUUGCUAGCAGCCAUUAGGAGGGAUGCAAACAACCACAUAUAUCCUGUUGCAUGGGUUGUGGUUGCAGUAGAAAAUAAAGAAUCAUGGAAGUGGUUUCUUGAUCUUCCAAUUGAUGACAUUGGAAUGUGA